AUGUCAAAUCAUUCCCUCUAUUACCCUCCAGAUAAACUGAUCCUGAUCCAGGAGAAUCUGAGCUGGGCAGAUGCUCUGAGAUACUGCAGAGAGAAUCAUGUGGACCUGGUCUCAGUUCACUCUGAGGAGAUCCAGCUCUGGGUGGAGGAUGUGGCUCAGAAUGCCUCCACUGAUCAUGUGUGGCUGGGUCUGCGUCACACCUGCACCCUCAGCUUCUGGUUCUGGGUGGGUGGAGAGUCUACCUGCUACCAGAACUGGGUUACAGGUGAUGCUGCAGAAGGUGAAGACUGCAGUCCUGUAGAGAGAACCGGAGCGGUGCAGGCUAGAGGAGAUCAGAAGUGGGUCAGCCUGCCUGAGAACCAGACUCUCAACUUUAUCUGCAUCAGAUAUGAAGGUUAGGUUGAAGGUCGAAGGUCUGUGCAGGUGUGGUCACUGGAAUAUUAAUCUAGAUUCUAUAAAUCUUGUGUGAUUACGCUUGAAAACAAGCAAAAGCAGAUCUUUGGGGCCAGUUUUAUCACAUUUAUACUUAUACUUAUUUGUAGUGUUUGUACUCUUUUAUAUAUAUAAUCUAAGACUAAAGCAUAUAUAAUCAGUUUUCUGUGCAUAUACCAUCAUUUAUGCACCAUAAUAACCAGAAUAUAUUUUUUAUUUUUAUUUUACAUUCUUCAAAUUAUCACCUUUUGUUUAGAUGAUCGGUUUUGCACAUCUCUGCUGGAUUUUCUCAGUCAGCUUUAUGAGGUAGAGUCACCUGGAAUUCAGGCUUUCAGUUAACAGCUGUGCUAAACUCCUCAAGAGUUAAUUACUUUAAUUUCUUGUCUCUUAAUAAUGUGUAAUAAUGAGCAUCAGUUGUAAAGUAGUGAAGAGGUACAGGUAUACAGUGAAUAGCUCUAUUUGAGUAACAUUCUAAUACAGAUUAUGAGAAGCAAGAACUACUCAAGUAAUUAAAGAAAAAUCAAAAACCAUCAAAAAUAUUAUGAUGAUGAAACUGGCUCUCAUCAGGACCACCCCUGAUAAGGAAGAGCAAAAGUCUCCUCUGUUGUACAGGAUACCUUUAUCAGAGUUUCCAGCCACAGAAACCACAAUUUAACAAACAGCUCCCCAGAUAAGAGUACCUAAAUGCUUCUUCACAGAGUAUUUUGGUUUGUUUAACACUGUUUUUAAGUUACUACAUGAUAACUUAUGUGUUCCUUCAUAAUCUGGAUCACUUUACUAUUCACUUACUAUGUAGAAAAGGUGGAAGGUGUGUCCAAACUUUUAACUG